AUCAUCGUCGUUGUAAAUACGAGAUAUCAGCAAAUUCUAAUUUUUCAUCAAUUCAAACUACAUUGUCCACCACAAACAUUCAAUGAGUUCUAAGGUGCCGCCAGACUUCUCAAAAAGUGACGAAGACCAGUUCGAAGAUGCCCAAACUAGAACGGAUUACAACGAGCGAACCGUAGAUGAAGUGAUCGAAAAAGUAACUGGGCUAUCCAUGAAACGGCCCAUCGAGUCGGACAACGAAGAGUUUCACGAUUGUGCGAACGAUGGCCAGGCUGGAACCAGCGCAACCGAAGACGCCGCCCAUCCGUCAGAGGUACAAAGUACUUCAUCGGAACCACCAGAUGAUUCCUCGGUUGCACCACACGAGGACGACUUGAUAGACGAAGACUCCCAACGGGACUAUGAGUGUGGGCUUUCGGAUGAAGAAAAGGCAGCGAACAAAUCCAAGGCGGAUGAGCUUAAACAGCAGGGCAAUGAGCUGUUCAAGCAGGGUGAGCACCGACAGUCAGUUGACAUGUACACGAAAGCCCUCCGUCUGUGCCCGCUUGAUUGCAAGGAAGAUCGAGCCAUCCUGUACGCAAACCGUGCCGCAGCGAAAGCAAAAGUGGACCGAAAACUUUCCGCAAUCGAGGACUGCACCAAAGCGAUAGAAUAUAACCCCAAGUACUUGAAAGCAUUAAUGAGGCGGGCCAAUCUAUACGAAGAGACUGAUAAACUGGAUGAAAGUUUAGAGGAUUUCCGGAAGGUAUCGGAGCUGGACCCUGUGAACGGUGAAGCCCGUGCAGCAGAGACCCGACUUCCACCGAAGAUAGCGGAACGGAAUGAGCACCUGAAGGAGGAAAUGAUGGGCAAGUUGAAGGAUUUGGGUAACAUGAUCCUACGGCCGUUCGGUUUAUCUACGGGUAACUUUGAAAUGAAGCAAGACCCCCAGACGGGCUCGUACUCGAUCAACUUUAAACAAAACGCAAAUCAAUGACCAAAAGGUAGCCAAGGGCACAACAGGUGAUAAGGAGAAAUUUACAGACACGUGUUGCAUAAUAUGUUGGAUAAAUUUGUUAGAAUACUUCGUGAGAUAAAAAAACAUACUAAAGUAAAACAGUUCAUUUUCU